AAAACUUUUAGCUCGCAAUGCAUUUUGGGACCGUGGAUGAUCUGCAAUGGCGGCUAAAUGGGGAGACUUUAAACUAUGUCUUUUAAUCUCAUUAUGUUCAGUAGUGUUUCGGCAUAUUUAUACUGAUGCCUCAACCAUAGAGUGGGAUGAAAAUGGAUACAUUCUGUAUUGUCCAUGCAUGGGCCGAUUCGGAAAUCAGGCGGACCACUUCCUAGGGUCGUUGGCCUUUGCCAAACUGCUGAAUCGAACGCUCGCGGUCCCUCCCUGGAUUGUUUACCGACAUCACGCGCCACCAUACACAAACGUCCACGUCUCGUACAGGGAAUUCUUCCAGCUGGAGCCCCUGAGUCACUACCACAGAGUGGUGAGCCUAGAGGACUUCAUGGAAAAGCUGGCACCUAAACACUGGCCUCCGGGCCAGAGGAUGGCAUACUGCUUUGAAUCUGCCGCCCAGAGGAGCCCUGACCGGAAGACCUGCCCCAUGAAGGAUGGGAAUCCUUUCGGCCCGUUUUGGGAUCACAUUGGUGUCGAGUUUGACAAGUCUGUGCUAUUUGGUGGCUUGUCCUUCAGUGCUUAUUUCCAGCCUAAUUGGAUAAAAAGGUUUCCCCCUUCGGAGCAUCCAGUACUGGCCUUGCCUGGAGCCCCUGCCCAGUUCCCUGUCCUGGAAGAGCAUGUGGGCCUUCAGAAAUAUAUGGUGUGGUCAGACGACCUGGUGCAGGAAGGAGAGGGGCUCAUUUCUGCCCACCUGACCAGACCCUAUGUGGGCAUUCAUCUCAGGAUUGGCUCUGACUGGCAAAAUGCCUGCAAGCUACUGCAAAAUGGAGAAGCUGGGCCUCACUUCAUGGCUUCCCCACAGUGUGUGGGCUACGAUCGCCAGGCUGCUUUACCCCUCACUAUGACCAUGUGUCUUCCGGACCUGGCAGAGAUCCGACGAGCACUCAAACUCUGGGUCAAGAAGAUCACUGCUCAGUCCAUCUACAUAGCAACCGACAGCGAGUCCUACAUUGCAGAGAUCAAGAAGACCUUCAAGGCCAAUGUAAAGGUGGUAAGUCUGCGUCCAGACACGGCACAAGUAGACCUCUACAUCCUGAGUCAAGCAGACCACUUCAUUGGAAACUGCGUGUCCUCAUUCUCUGCCUUCGUGAAACGAGACAGGGACACCUAUGGCCGCCCUUCGUCAUUCUUUGGCAUGGACUACCCACGGGGAAGAAUAAACAAUGAUGAAUUGUAAAGACUCACAAAUUUGCAAAAGCAAUGAAAGACUCUUUUGCAUGGGAUACAUACUAUAGGAAGGAAAUCAGGGAGACUUUACCCAUAGAUUUUUGUCGUAGCAAAAAACUGGACUUGGUUACCAUUUUUAAAUGUUUUUAUAAUAUCCAAAAUGACGAAGAAAGUGAAAUGGGUGGAUUGAAGAACCAGCAAGCACUACUUUUCCCUCCCAGUGUUGCAGCAGCAUGUUGUUGUUGUCUCCACUCAAUCAAAUGUUUGCACAGCCAGGAUCUUUGUACGUACUUCAUCUCUGUACUUCUUUCCAGCUCGGCUGUCAUUCUCUCACAUUCCCCUCUUUAUGGUUAUUUAGGUAGCUAAAGAGACCAUUGCAGUAUUAAGAUUGUGUUCUUCUCGAUGGGAGAGUUUAGGGGGUUGGGGUGAAGUUAUGAGCGAUGUACUUUCUCCUUAGCAGUGGAAACUGAGCCACUGGGGAGAGAGGUAACUGAUCCUGCAGAGCCUAAUUAUAGAGAGUGAUGCUGCUGCCUCUGCCUCUGCUGCUGCUGCUGGUCAUUUCCAUUUGGUCCAGGGAGCUAUAAAAAAUAAGCCUCUCUAUCUUUAAUGAACUUUAGAAACCAUGUCAUCCUAGAAUGUAUUGGAUUUAUCUAAAUGAAUUGUACUUGUUACAGUAAUACUGGAGUGACUUAAAUUGAUUUUUUUUUUAAAGCUCAGUGGAGUUGCAAUGGUUGUCUAACCACCAUACUCUGUUAUUAAUUAUGGACCAAAGAUCUCUUGAUGAUGUUUUUUUUUUUUUUUUUAUGUAGUAAAUAUGUCAUUUAUAAAGAAUGGCGUAUCAGAUGUUAGCCAGCCAUAACGAUUCAGUUAUCAUUACAUGUAUCAUCUCCAUAAUUCUUAGCCAACAUUUUGUCAUCAAUUAUUCAAUUUGUACAGUUUUGACUUGAAUGCCCACUAUAGUCAUGAUUACAUAGGAAACACUCUAUCCCUACAAAUAUAUCUGAUAGAUUUUAAUAUGAACUGUACAUGAGCUACAUUA